CUACUACUGCUGCUGCUGCUGCUGCUGCUCCUGCUGCUAAGGUCGCGAAUAGGCGAACGGUUAUUAUAUAGGGCAUUGUCGCGUGCUAGUCGUCAAACUGGUUAUCGGAAGUGUCAGAUAAGAAAAAAACAAAGGCUAGCCAAAAAAUAUGCCGGUGUGCAAAAGAAGUCGUCGCUCUGCCCUGCUGGGAGCAAAUACGAUCUGGUUUAGUAGGGAUACUCAACUCUACAUAGAAGGUGUGACGGGGGCGGGUCAAUUUUAUACUGGCGUCUACCAAGAUCGCGUCCUGAACCAUGUUAAUCAGUUGAUGGCGUACCAUCCGCAGUAUCAGGAGCCGUUCUCGCAAACGCAGGAAUUUGUAAUGCAGGGUGAUGGUCCUCUUCCAUAUGACCAGCGACAUUUCAUCGCACUGAUGGCCGCUUCAAGGCACCAGUGCACGUAUCUUGCCGAAGUUGAGACGCAGGAGUUCCUGUCAUGCGGCGGCGACAAGGCCUGGCUGCAAGGUUUACAAUUCGCACCCAAGAAGAUCCGCGACUUAGACGACAUCAACCAGAUGCUUGCCCACCGACCGUGGAUGAUCACAAAAAACCAUAUCCUUCGGUUAGUAACUGGCCAGGACAGCUGGUCGCUGGCCGAAGUGGUUCAUGCCAUCACGAUUUUGGCGCAUUUCCAUGCGUUGUCCAGUUUUGUAUUCGGCUGCGGAAUCUCGCAACAACAGCUGCAGCAGCAGCAGCAGCAGCAGCAGCAGCAACAACAACAGCAACAACAACAACAACAGACGUCGAACGGGCUACGCCUAAACUCGUCACGAGAGUCGCUCAAAUCUGGCGGGUCGAGUCCAGUGCUGUCAGGCAGUCCGAACGCGAGUCCGUCGCACCAAGGGUCGCCGAUCGCAGGAGGCGAAGUUGAAAACCUCAUGCGCAAAAUGCGAACCAUUUCAGAAUCAAAGUCGUCGCAGGACAUCACCUGUGAGGAGCUCGCUCGUCGAUUUGAAAGCGAGGCUACGGAAAGUGCUUCCAUCUCGACAAUACACAAUGCCAGCUACUCUAACGGGCAGACCGGCAAUACUGGAUACCCUGUUCGGGACAACGAUCUGUCUCGGUUCGUGCUCGACCCGUCCUUCAGUUAUCAGGACUUCACCAAGCGAGGCGAGGCUCCCGAAAUUCCGACGUUCCGUAUCCAAGACUAUUCAUGGGACGACCACGGAUACUCGCUUGUCAAUCGACUUUACAACGAUGUCGGCAAACUUCUCGAUAAGAAGUUCAAAAUCGCGUACAACAUGACAUAUUACACUAUGGGCGGGAAGUUAAACGUUGACACGACGAUGUUUCGACGUGCCGUGUGGAAUUACAUUCACUGUCUGUUCGGUAUUCGGCACGACGACUACGAUUAUCGGGAGGUGAACGAGCUGCUCGAUCGCAACCUGAAGCAGUACAUUAAGGCUGUUUGCUGUUACCCGGAACGGGUGUCGAAGCAGCACUACGAUAGUGUGAUGCGCGAAUUUAAAUACUCGGAGAAGGUGCAUGUAACAUUAAUGAUCCUUGAGGCUCGCAUGCAGGCCGAGCUGCUGUACGCCCUACGGGCGCUCAUGCGACACACGACCUAGACGACAAGUGGUAGCAGCUCAGUCGAGUCAAACAGAACAGCGCAACGCAACAAUUUAUCCGAAUACGAAUUCAAAUACGGAUUCGAAAACAAAACAAAAAACACAUUAUGAGAGCACGUCCCCUCGUUCCGUUCUUAUUUCGUCCUUUUGAACUUGGGCAACAACAACAACAACAACAACAACAGCAACGUCAACAUCAACAACAAUAUACUACAGCAAGAACUCGAGUGAUCGUAUGUCCACAUCUAGAUACAGGAGGAUAUUGAGUCCUCCAUUUAUUACUAAUUUUGAUCAAUCUUGGAAACAAUUAUUGAGUUGCUUAGAUUCACCGGCCGGUCUCCCAGACGAUAUUCCCCACCCCAUGACCCAUAACCCUGUUAGCCUUGCUCUAAACCAUCAGGACAGUGUCCCUUUAUCCCAGAGAGCAAAACAAACAUGUCUGUGUGUGCGAGACAACCGAGAGAUUAGUAAAGCGUUAGAGCAAGUAAAGGUGGAAAAGAAAUCGAUAGAUUUAUUAUCGUUUAACAGAGCGGAUCUGAAAAAUAUGCUUAUUGUAAAUUAUGCAGUACGCAUAUUAGAUAUAGUAUAUGCUCGGCUUUGUUUCUGCUUACUUAGUUUUUUUUUGGAAUUCCCAUACCGUAAAACAGGAACAAUGGCUAUCGUUGGUCCAUUACGCUCCUAUAAUUAUAUUAUUAGUCUAUCGAUUAAAAUGAGUAUCGUACUGUGAUGGGAUAGCUUGGGAAGCUUACUUGAGUCGAUGCAAAAGUUGUUUUGUUUCAUGACAAAACAAGAAAAGCCCAGAUCAUCACCAACUAGUUAAGCAGUUGAAAUGUACCGACGACCGACUGUUGACGAAAGAACCGAAGAUCAUGCUUGAUAAAAUAAAGUUGGAGAUGUUGAUGGUGAUGUCGACAAUAAUGAAAGGUGAAAUUUACAAUGAUCUCCUUGGUGGUUCUCUCUGGUGAUUGAUGAUCGAUAGCGGGGUGUGUAUCUAUAUGUAUACGUAGCAAUUGUAUCAAAGAUAUUGACGAUUUCAUGAUCAACCAACCCACUGCUUGUUGUACGCGUCUAUCGACCGAUAAGCCGCCCUUUUGCCGCCUUACGUACGUUUUUCCGCCCUUUUCUUUACUUCCUACUAGGUCUACUGUUCGAUGCGUCUUCGUCUUCCCGACUCAAUUCGGACCUAUUAACGGCCUCAACAACACAUAAUCAAGGGCAGAACAUUCGUAGUGAUUGUAGUUGUAAGGCUACAAUAGGCUGUGCACGUACGCAAAUCAGGCGCUUAUAAGCUUGUUGUGGGUCGUUGGUUCUUCCUCAAUACAUGAUAGUAUAUAUCUCAUUUCUUCAUGGCCCGAUACACCCCCCGCUCGAUAUCUGUGAUCGAUCCCUAGCGCAUGCGCAGCUAUCGGCCGCCGGGGAGCUGGACUCUCCCCUAUUUCCUCAAGAACUAGACAUGAUAGAACAAUAUAAUUUAUAAUAAUAAUAAUAACAUCCGUCGCCGAGUAAAGUUGAAAAAAAAAUGAAAUAUUGGACUCCAAGCUUUUCUUUUUCACAUUCAAGUUGCAGUGAACCAACACCAAUAAGCAUAGCAACAACAACUUAUUACAACAACAGGUUAGAAAAGCAACAAUGACUACAACAACAGCAACAACAAUAGAAAUAACAGCAUAUACAAGCAUCUAGUAAUUCUUCGAUAUCCGUCACUAAACGCGUUCGAUAAUGACCGGUUGGAUACAAAGUCGAUAGGAAAAAAUGUGAUUUUGUUACUAGUUCGUUGUUUGCAUCACUUAUAUUUUCUACUUAUCCUUUGAGCUCUCGCCAAGAUAAAUGGCAACACCGGAGCAGUUGAGAAACAGAGACGAAUUUCAGCGAUAACAACAGCAGGGAAAACGUACGGCUUAAGCAAAAAAGGUGUGUUUUUGCCGCUAUAAACAGAUAAAUUGUCUCUCUGUUAAUGAACAAGUACUAUCGCGUGGCGCUCCGAUUGCUGGUGACAUCCAGCCUGUCUGUGAGAGAACGACAUUAUUGAAAGAAAGCCAAUAAAUGCAAAACGUGGAGCAGGUAAACGAUUAUGAUAAUGAUGAUGAUUAUGGUGGUGAUGAUUACGAUGACCAUGAAAACACGGUGUGUUUUUUGCUAGUUGUUUUCGCGCUUUUCUACUCCAUAUCUAUAUACAAUAUAUAUAUAUAUAUAUAUAUAUAUAUAUAUAUAUACAAACACACACAUAUAUAUAUACCAACUAUUUAUUUUUUGUCACUAUUUGCUAUUAUUCUUAUUAUUCGUUUAGUGUACUCUAUUAAUAAUGUUACAGAAAGGAAGAAGAGAAGAAAUAAUUUAAAUUUGGCCUUAUGUUCUGUAUGUUCGUCUGUCGAAUACGCUAUGGCGCAAAGAUUUCGAAUUGAAGAGAGUAUCGAAGCGAUGCGUACAGGAGGUGUAGAAAAAGAAAACUGGCCAUUUUUCUCUAGUGAGCGGGAGCUAUUGCUCUGUUCUUAUUCUAAUACAAGUAAAGCACACCCACACACACAGACACACCUAUAAAUACAUUCACAAACUGAGACGUACAGCCGUGAAUACUCUCACCUAAGAGACAGGGACACACACGGAAACAUAUUAUCGUUUUUUUUUUUCUAAUAUUUCGCAUUUUUUUUUAUUUGUAAAUUUUUCGUCUUCCUAUUUUUUUCUAGAUCGUUUUGCUUUCUUGUUGUUGUGGUGGCGUGCGUAGCUUUUCCCGCGCUGUCUCCCCAAUGUAUUCAAGCUUGCGCUACCAAGUCGUUCAGUCGAAGAGGAAUUGAUUAAACAGUUGACGAGUGUCUGCAGCAAAACAACUAUCCCUUCUUUCCUACCCACGUCCGCUAUUCUUAUCCCGUUUGUCAAUGUAUGAGGAAGUUGCAUUCUCCGCCAGGGAAUUCGCUGAGAACGAUGGUGUCCCACAAUCAUCUGUAUGUAUGUAUGUAUAGUGAUGUUAUGUAAAAUACCGAAUUGUUGUGCGAAUCGUAUCUGUUUUCUGUAUGUAUGAUUUGAAUCUGUAUCUAUUUCACUUCGGGCACUUUUGUGUGUCACCUAGAAAAAAUGAUGAGAAUUAAUUCAUUGGUCGCUCGCAUUUACAAUGGUAAAAGUAGUCUGUGGCAGGCUUUCUGUUAAGUUCACUCGGUUCUCUAAAUAGCGAUUGACGAUUGAUUGGGUAUUUGCUAAUACGAAGUAAAGAAAAAUAACCGAAAAGCGAGAGCGAGAAGAAGAGGUGCGUGUGCCUGUGUAUGUCUGUGUCUGUGUCUGUUUACGAAGCUGUUCCUGAAGGAAGGUCAACGUUUCGAACACGGGGAAACGAACGAAACAGUCUGAACGAGUUAGCGUUUGAAAACGUGUAGCUAUUUUUUAGCAGAAGAAAAAAGGAAAGUAAUUUCAGAAAGUUUGUGCGUAUGAUUGGCACUUGAACUCCUAAACAAAGUUGAGAACCAUACCAUCUCCCAUUAAAACUGGCGAACAGUGUCUCAGUUGCAGCUUUCUGCUUUUUGCUGACGGCGUUUUACACUUCCUCAGAAGAAAUUACCCACUGCCUUCCAUUCGAACGUAUUGUAUACGACUUAUCCCACUCUUCGACUCUUCUUGUGUCCCCGCGCGUCUAUCUAUUUUACUCUGAUAAGGAAAAAAGUCACCACACCACCUGUGUCUGUCUAAAGAUGAGCGAUGAUCCGGUAAUUAAUAGCAGAGCCCUUAGUUGAUUAUUCAGAUUGCUGGUAAAAUCAAAUGGCGGCGGCGGCGGCGGCGGCGGUGGCGGCGGCUGCAAACGGAUAGCGAAAUGGACAGAAUACGAUUGAGAAAUUAUAAAGAAAAUAAGAGAAAAAAAAAAUACAAAAAACGCAUGCCAAAAAAAAGCCCAAAAAGAAAAGCCAUGAAUUACUAUGACGAGAAAAACAUCAACAUCAUGAGCAAAAAAA